AUGUCUUCUUCUUCAUUCAUUCCUGAUUUCAUCAUUGACUUUGGAAGUUUUACUACAAAAUAUGGACUUCCAAGUGAUGAAAUUCCUUUCGAAUUUCACACCAUUGUUGGACAAUAUGAAAUGCAAGGAUUCUCGGGAAUGUCCAAAAUCUCUUGCGGAACAAAAGUACUGCAAGAAAAGUCAAUUGGAAACUUUCGAUUAAAAACAUUGAGUCCAAUGGUGUCUCGUGGAGUUUUUAAUGGAGAAUCCACACUCAAUAUGGAAACGUUGUGUCAUCAAGCAUUUCGUUCAUUGUACACGUUGCAAGAUGCCAAAUAUUCUGAACAGAGUUUGAGAGAGAAAAAGUUGAAUGUGACAUUGGCUGCUGUUCAGUCGCAACAUCAUGUGAGAAAUCUCACACAAUUAAUAUUUGAAAAGUUUGGAAUUUCUAGUUUGCAAUUUUUCACUCCAACUGAAAAUAUUGAAAGAGUGUUGAUUGAUAAUUCAAAGACAGCAAGCCAUACUUGUGGUGAGCAUUAUAUUCUUGAAAUGGGACAUGGAAUUACUCAAUUGGCAAAAUUGAAAUCAAAUUCUCCAGUUUGUCACAUUCCACUCGGAGGAAUGGACAUUACCAAAUACAUCAAAGAACAUUUAACAAAUGGAGCAGAAGAAAGUAUUUUGAAACUCACAGAAUUGAAAGAACAAAAUUGUCAUUGCUCUCCUGUACCAUCCUCAAACCUUCAUUCUCCAGAAAAUGUCUUUUCACAAGCUCCAGAAGUUCUCUUUUCCUCCAAUCCACAACAACAAGACACACUCGUUUCGACCAUUCACAAGUACAUUUCCUCUCACCAAGAAGAAUUCACUCAUGAAGAUCCCAAUGUUCACAUGACUACCAUUCAUUUAAGUGGAGGAUCUUCCUUAUUGAAAGGUCUUAAAGAACGAUUAGAGUUUGAAUUAAAUCAGAAUUUUGAUAAAGCCUCUUUCAAAGGUUGGAUUAAAGUGAAACACAACAAGAUGGGAAAAGAUUCUAGUUUCUUUGGAGCUUGUAAGAGAGUGAAGGAGAAUGAUCCAUCUUCUAGAGAUCAAGCUUGUUCACUUUCUGAAUAUAAGGAAAAGGGAAUGGAGAGAGUGAUGGCAGAAAAUUACAAACAUCUCUUUGCCAAGUGA